AUGGUUGCACAAUGGGAGUACAUACUUAUCAUUUAUUAGCUCAUAGCAGAUUGGACAAUAUUCUUGAGAAGGAGAUACAAUCUAUAUAUCAUUGAUUUCAAUGUUGUAUUAGUUCGGUUAUUCUUCUUUAAUUUUGGAAUAAGACUUGAGACUUUCUUUCCAAUGAUGUGA